CUUCCCUCCCUCCUGCCCUCCUCCCCUCCUCCCCUCCCCCCCAGUGGGGCGCUGCCGGUCCAGCCGCCGCUGCUGCCGGGCUCAGGCCGGACGCCGGACGCCGCGAACGUCCAAGGAGGUGCCCCGGAGCGCGGCGGCCCGUCCGCCCUCCUGCCCCCUUGGCGCUCCCGGGGGUCCCCUCCUCCCUCUCGGGCCCCCUUCCCAGGGGCCCCCCUCCCCGGGCCCCCGCGCCUGCGAUGAGCCCAUGGCCAUGUCGCGGACGCCCGGCCCGGUCCGGUCCGCCGAGCCCAGCCACGAGGAGGAGGAGGGGCCGGCGGCGGGGCCCGGGGCCGGCGGGGCUCGAGACGGCGAUGGCGACCGCUCCCUGCAGCAGAUGCUGCGGGCCAUCGCGGAGGAGCGGAGGCGCCUCGGCCUCCGCCAGGAGAUCAGCGGCCUCGGGUGCUUCAAAGAUGACCGCAUUGUCUUCUGGACCCGCAUGUUUUCCACGUGCUUCAUGGAGAAGUGGGCCCCGAGGCAGGAUGACAUGCUGUUCUAUGUGCGCCGGAAGCUCUCCUAUAUGGGGAGCAGCGACAGCCCCAGCGACGAUGGGAAGAAGCAGGUAGAUGUGGAGGUUUACCGGCGGGACUCCAAGAAGCUGCCUGGCCUCGGGGACCCUGACAUUGACUGGGAGGAGAGUGUCUGCCUGAACCUCAUCCUACAGAAGCUUGACUACAUGGUGACAUGCGCUGUCUGCACACGCUCGGACGGAGGCGACAUUCACAUCCACAAGAAGAAAUCCCAGCAAGUGUUUGCGUCUCCCAGCAAGCAUCCGAUGGACAGCAAGGGUGAGGAGUCCAAGAUCAGCUACCCCAACAUCUUCUUCAUGAUUGACAACUUUGAGGAGGUCUUCUGUGACAUGGCUGUGGGCGAAGGCGAGAUGGUCUGUGUGGAGCUGGUGGCCAGUGACAAGGCCAACACCUUCCAGGGCGUCAUCUUCCAAGGCUCCAUCCGGUACGAGGCGCUCAAGAAAGUCUACGACAACCGGGUGAGCGUGGCAGCUAAGAUGGCCCAGCGGAUGUCUUUUGGCUUCUACAAGUACAACAACAUGGAGUUUGUGCGAAUGAAGGGGCCACAGGGGAAAGGGCACGCCGAGAUGGCGGUCAGCCGCGUUUCCACGGGUGACACAUCCCCAUAUGGCACUGAGGAAGACUCCAGCCCAGCCUCACCCAUGCAUGAGAGAGUGACGUCCUUCAGCACUCCGCCAACGCCAGAGCGCAACAAUCGGCCGUCCUUCUUCUCCCCUUCCCUCAAGCGCAAAGUGCCCCGGAAUCGGAUCGCGGAGAUGAAGAAGUCCCACUCGGCCAACGACAGUGAGGAGUUCUUCCGGGAUGACGACAGUGAGGCAGAUCUUCACAACGCCACCAAUUUACGGUCGAGGUCUCUCUCUGGGACAGGGCGGUCGCUUGUUGGGUCAUGGCUCAAACUAAACCGGGCCGAUGGAAAUUUUCUCCUCUAUGCACACUUAACCUACGUCACGUUGCCCCUGCAUCGGAUUUUAACAGACAUCCUAGAGGUUCGGCAGAAACCCAUCCUGAUGACGUAGCGGUGAGCCCCGGAGAGCCAGCAUCGCCCCGGGUGCUGCCACCAAGUGCAAGUGCCUGUCUGCCGUGGUUCUUUGUGACACCCGCCGCUGCUGCCACCGCCACCGCCCGGAGUCCAGAGCCCAGCAUCUGCUCCCCCCACCCCUGCCCCCGGCCAGGUUUGCCCAAGGGAAGCCUGUCCAAGAACACCAGCCGCCCUGACUGAAGUGCCUCUUCCUCCUCCCACGCCACCUGGCCCCCACGUGCACGUGCCGCAGAUGCCCUGAUGAGGACGUGGGUCUAGAAGAGGCCAGGAGAGCGAACCAAGACGCACUAUCCUCAUUCUUUCACAUGGUUGUUAACAGUCAAUUUUCCAACAGAAGAGAACAAGCCAAGUGUCCACAGCCUUGUUGGGGACCGUCUGAACCGCCCCCCGAGGGGAGGGUCUCCCAGUGAUGUCCCAUGACUGCCCCUCUUCUGUGGCUAGGGGCAGGGGCUGAGGGAGGAGUGGACCCAGGACUCUUCUGCAGCCCCUGGCCUUACUCAGGCUGGGGUCUGGCCAGGCUGAGGGCAGUCCCUUUAAGUGCCCUGUGGGAAGGGGGUCUCCCGGACUGGCAGCCCCCUUCUGCUUCCAGCCAAAGAAUACCCACCACCCACUGGAGAGGCGGAGUGUGAGGCUGGAUGCCUGGUGGGGCUCUCCAGCCCGUGGCCGGCAGGGACCCCUGAUGGCGGCCGGUCAGAUGUGGCGAUGUCAUCUGGAAUCUUGGGGGCCGGGGCUAGGGGAGUCCUCUUUUUCCUCUGACUGUUGGUCCCAUUUUUCAGUCCGAUGCACUGAGGCAUGACGGGAGUUGCUGAAGAUGGCGGGGGGUUGGGGGAGGACAGCCCAAUGGAGGAAGGAACCUUUGGAUGGAAGUGUGAAUUUUUUGAUUUCCAUUUUUUCCUCUCCCUUGGUGGACUAGUGGCUCCACAGUGUGAGGCUUGAAUUUCAUCCAUGACCCAGCACGAGGGGGAUUCCCAUUGUCCCACUGACAAGGGGGCCUGUUCUGUUGUCCUGGGGAGGACAGACGCUCUCCAGGUCCAUCUGGAAUAAACCUCCUACCGGUGACCUAG